GAAGGAAGGAAAGAAGGAAAGAGGUGGUAAUAUGGUAACAGGAACUGAAAGGCUAUUUCUAAUAGAUCUGGCAGCAAAUUUUUCUAAUCUCUUCUUGGAAAUCAAGUCUAACUGGGUUAGACCUACUCCCUCUUUGAAAUAUACAUUCAGAACUAGAGAUCACUUACAUACUUCCUGUUCAUGCUAUGUGAUCGUGGAGAACACCUCUGAAAUAGAAGCCGAGAUGAUCAAUUUUAAUCAUUGGCACCCACAUGAGACCUGAGAGAUUGGUUCCAAACUUCUUUAAAUAGUCUUCCUAAAGGAACUUCCCUGAGAGUUCUCUAGUCACCAAGGGACUAACAAGAUCUAUAGAGGAUUGCCUUGCAGACCUGGAUCUCCUUGAUCUAGAAGCCAAAUUCUUCUUAGGUACAAGUGGCUGACUUCUCAUAAGGACAUUAGUCCAUCAUUUAAGAAAAAGUAUCAACAGUUCAUUGGAAGUGGCAUCUGUGAACUCCCAGCAGUACAUAUCUGUCCCUAGGGAAUACUUAGUGGGGAGGAGGAGGAAUAAUUUUAGGAAGACUAAGGUAAGGUGUUGAAGUAAUGGUAAGAGCAUCCAGAAAAGUGUUUCAUCUGUUCAAUAGUGUUUGAAGUGUUAAAAGUGAGAGACAGAGAUACUUGUGGUAUCAAGUGGCCAUUACUCUGACCUUCGAUUCUGUACAGCAUGGCAAGCAACAAAUCAGUUGAGGAAAUGAGGACAAAACAAGUUGUGAAUUGCUUAUACAGACACCCCGAAGCAAGUCUUAAGCUGAUUUGCUUCCCGUGGGCAGGAGGAGGAUCUAACCAUUUUGCAAAAUGGGGCAAACAUUUUCAUCAUUCAAUAGAAGUUUCCUCUAUAAGGCUUCCUGGAAGAGAAAGUCGAACUAAAGAACCAUUUGCAACUACCAUGGAUCAGAUAAUUGCUGAAAUUUCUAAUGCUUUGCUGCCAAUACUCCAGGAUAUUCCUUUUGCAUUUUUUGGUCACAGUAUGGGAUCAAAUAUUGCCUUUAUGACUGCUCUACACUUAAAAGAAAAUUACAAGUUACAACCAGUACAUUUGUUUGUAUCAAGUGCAAAUCCUCCACAUAAAAACAAAUUUUCAAGCUAUCCAAGUGUUUUCAGUAUGUCAGAAGAACAAAUUCUCCAGUUUAUCGUGAAUGCUGGUGGCACUCCCAAGAUGAUUCUUGAAAACAAAGAACUUUUGGAAAUAUUUCUUCCUAUUUUUAAAGCAGAUGUUCACCUUCUGCAAAAUUUCACCUUUGUCAAACCAGCAAAGACUCUUUCUUGUGAUAUUACAUGUUUUUCUGGGACUGAAGAGAAAGCAAGUGAAAUAGAAGCCUGGAAGGACCUAACCAGUGGGAGUGUGAAUAGUUACAAGCUUCCUGGAGAUCACUUUUAUCUCACUAACCCUUCCAAUGAGACUUUCAUCAUAAACUACAUGACUAAAUGCCUUCAAGUGUCAUAUAUUUCCUAAUGCUUGGAGUUUCAAUUGUUAGUAGAUAAAUUACACCAUUUCCAUGGAAUUUAAGGCAGUCAAAGUAAUUGUAUACUUUUAGUGCAUUCCAGUCUUAUUUAUCAAUAGGCUGAAUGCUAUGCUUCCAAAAAAAUUUGUCAGGAUAACUUGUUAAAACUAAAUAUCUUUCUUGUCAUAUGCCAAAAAAAAAAAAAAAAUCUUGGAUCCUUCCAAACAAAUAAGUAAUAUACUUGACAGCAGAACUGUUUUGUUUCUCUUUAUAUUAGGAUCAUUUGAAUGCUCUCAUUUGUAGGUUUAUACCAAAUGAUAAAACAUGAGUGUACUUUUCCCAUUAUUUAGCCUAUGGAAAUAAUGUUGAAGAAAUGAUUGAGAUGAAUUUAUCCAUGUUUCCAUUAACACAAAAAUUCACAAACCUUCUGUGAUUUCAUACUUCUGAGAAAUUCUUGGUAUGAGAAUGUUCUCUACCAAGAGAUCAAAACAAUUCAUGUCUAAGGUCCAGGAAUUAUUUGAGGGGCACAGUAAUUAAGUGACUUGCCUUUGAUCACACAGCUAAUGUCAGAGGUGAAAUGAAAACCCAGCUCUUCUUACCUGGAAGAGGUACUCCCUAUAUCACUCCAGAGUACUUUUUUUUACCAUUAAUAUAUUUAGGGUCAAUUUUCUUAUACCCUCCCUCCUUCUUUUAGGUAAACUAGAACUGAGAAGAAAGAAAAUAUAUUUACAAUUAAGUGGCUUGUCAAAGUAGAUUAUAACCAUUACAAUACUGCUCAGCAUAGAGCUAAUAAAAAAAAUUAUCAAAUUAAAUUGAAAUGUUGAUUUACUUAUUAGGAUUUGAUAAUAAUCCAAUCAGAAAUUUUUUUUUGUUUGAAAAGAAUUGCUAUUACAUUUAUUGGGAAAAACUUAAAACUAAUAAAAAUAUAAAUAAAACAAAUCAGAUUUUUAUUA